UAGAUAUUCUGAUGUAAGGUCUUCCAAGAAGAUGUAGAUGCUAGUUUUGAACUGAUCUCCUAAUAGAAAGAAAAUUUAAACGAUUAAAAGUUAAGAAGAAGAAAAAAGCAAGGUCAACUAAUUGGAGGAGAAUAGGACUUGUGGAGAUAAUGGUGGUGAACGGGUUAAACAUUUCGCGCGUUUUCGUCUUGGAAGAAGACGGGGGAACGAAGGAGCCCCUUUUCGGGCAGCAGCGAUAAAGCGCAAUGACUCUGUAGCUUCGACUGCCAAGAGUCAAGAUGGCAGCUACGGAGCUUUGGAGCGGAGGAAGCCUUUGAUUUAAAAGAAAAGGAAAGACUUUAGUAAUAUUGCAGUCCUGAUUUGCACUUCUCAUCUAAACUGAUCUGAUCUAAGUGAUGUACAGUGGAAUGUGAAAAUAGAGAUGGCAACAAGGGCUCCUGCAGGCAGAGAUGGACAAACAAACAGGAGCAACUGUAAUCACUGCAGCGAUGCUGCAGGAGGAGGAGCAGCUUGAAGCAGAAGGAAUGGAGAAGGAGAGGCAGAUAAUGGAGAAGGCUUGCAUGUCCUGGGACAGAGACUCCGGUGAAAUGCGCUACAAAAGGCUUCAGCAUUUGCUUGAAAAAAGCAACAUCUACUCAAAAUUCUUGCUGACCAAAAUGGAACAGCAGCAGCUGGAGGAACAACAAAAGAAAGAAAAGCUAGAAAAGAAUAAAGAAACAUUACACACUGCAAAGAAUGAAAAAGUAGUUGGUGGAAGAAAAGGCAAAUUGGCUGUAAAAAAGAGAGGCAGAGAAGAUGGAGCAUACAAUAUUUCUGAUGUCAUGACAAAAGAGGAGAUCCUGUCAGCAGCCAAAAAAAGCAAAUCUGAAGAAAAUCAGAAUGAAAGCUCUACUCCAAAACUGUGUGCAGAACUCCAGAAUAACAGGGACUCAAAUAGCAUUAUUAAGGACAGGUUGGCACAGACAGUGCGCCACAGUGCUAAACACUUUGUUGACCCAAUACGAACAUUUAAUGGGCAGCCAGUGCCUUUUCAGCAACCGAAGCUUUUCAUUGGAGGAAUAAUGAGAUGGUAUCAAGUUGAAGGCAUGGAAUGGCUCAGGAUGCUCUGGGAGAAUGGCAUCAAUGGCAUCUUGGCUGAUGAAAUGGGGUUAGGAAAGACAGUCCAGUGUAUUGCAACAAUUGCCUUGAUGGUAGAGAGAGGAGUCACUGGGCCAUUCCUGGUGUGUGGACCCCUAUCUACACUUCCUAACUGGAUAGCAGAAUUCAGAAGAUUUACUCCUGAGAUUCCUAUAAUGCUGUACCAUGGAACCCAGCAAGAGCGGCGUUCGUUGGUUCAUAAAAUUCGGAGGAGAGAAGGUUCGCUGAAUGUCCACCCUGUGGUCAUUACCUCUUUUGAAAUAGCCAUGAGAGAUAGGAAUUCACUUCAGAACUUCUAUUGGAAGUACUUGAUAGUGGAUGAAGGACACAGGAUUAAGAAUAUGAAUUGUCGUCUUAUCCGUGAAUUAAAAAGGUUCAGCACUGACAAUAAACUUCUGCUAACUGGAACUCCCUUGCAAAACAAUCUUUCUGAGCUUUGGUCUCUACUUAAUUUCCUGCUGCCUGAUGUGUUUGAUGACUUAAAAAGCUUUGAGUCCUGGUUUGACAUUGCCAGUAUCUCUGAAAUUGCCGAAGAUAUUGUUGCUAAAGAAAGAGAGCAGAACAUCUUGCACAUGCUGCAUCAGAUUUUGACCCCUUUCUUACUGAGAAGACUGAAAUCUGAUGUAGCUCUAGAAGUGCCUCCCAAACGUGAAGUCGUAGUUUAUGCACCUUUGGUAAAGAAACAAGAAACCUUCUACACUGCAAUUGUGAACAAGACAAUUCAGAAGAUGUUGGGAAACAAACAGGAAGAAGUUAUUGAGCUGAGUUCCACCGGCCGACCAAAGCGCCGCAGUCGGAAGAUGGUUAGUUACCGUGAACUUGAUGAAGGUGAUUUCCCUGAUGAACUGGAAGAACUGAUCAGCAAAAUGGAAGAAGCUGAAAAAGAGAGGCCAGUGAUAGAAAUGGAUCUGCCUUUGGAUUCAGAAGUCAACCUCAAGUUACGGAACAUCAUGAUGUUACUGAGGAAGUGUUGCAACCAUCCCUAUCUCAUUGAAUAUCCACUGGACCCCGCCACACAGCAGUUUAAGGUUGAUGAGGAUCUAGUGAAGAAUUCAGGCAAAUUUUUACUCUUGGAUCGCAUGCUACCGGAACUUAAAAAGCGAGGACACAAGGUACUGCUGUUCUCACAAAUGACGCAAAUGUUGGAUAUUUUGAUGGACUACUGCUAUCUGAGGAAUUACCAGUUCAGUCGCCUGGAUGGAAGCAUGUCCUAUCAAGAAAGAGAAGAAAAUAUGAAAAACUUUAAUACAGAUCCAGAAGUUUUUAUCUUUCUGGUCAGCACACGGGCUGGAGGUCUUGGCGUCAAUUUGACUGCAGCAGAUACAGUAAUCAUAUAUGACAGCGACUGGAAUCCUCAGUCUGAUCUGCAGGCGCAAGACAGAUGUCACAGAAUUGGUCAGACAAAGCCAGUGGUUGUAUAUCGCUUUGUAACUGCAAACACCAUUGACCAGAAGAUUGUGGAGAGAGCUGCUGCCAAGAGGAAGCUGGAGAAGCUGAUUAUACACAAAAAUCAGUUUAAAGGUGGCAAAUUCGGAGUAAAUCAGUCAAAGAGCUGCUUAGACCCCAAAGAGUUAAUGGAGUUACUGAAAUCCAGGGACUAUGACAGAGAGAUUAAAGGGUCAAGAGAAAAAGUAAUAAGUGACAAAGAUCUAGAGUUACUACUGGACCGAAGUGACCUUAUCAACCAAAUGAAAAAAACUGAACCACUUAAAGAAAUAAUUGGAGUCUUCAAGGUAUUAGAGAACACUGAAGAUGUUGGCACAGAAAGUGUGCUUUGAAAUAUGGCCAGCUUAUACUCCGUGAACUGCAGAUGCCAUCAUCAUCUGAACAAUGGACACGCUCAAGGUUGUCAACUUUAUAGCUGCUCUGAGUUCAAAAACUUGUUUCGGAUGGGGUUUCCCCCCUCGAGAUGAGUGAAGGCUCUAAAAUGUAACAUGACAUAUUUUGAAAAGGGGACUUUUUGGAAUCUUGAUGAUAUGACUGACAACUUAGAUUUCUUUUCUUUUUUUUACUUUAGUAGCAGGUGCUAUUAAGUGGCACAAUUUGUACAGUUUUCUGUGAAGCCCUGCUAAAAUCGCUUUUUUUUUAACCUCCUUGCCUUGAUUAUGGUUUAAAUUUGGACGGAGAAGCAUGUUCAAUAUAUGACUUCAGUGUGUGUUAAUGUUUUUCUAAAUAAAUUCUUAAUGUUGUUA